UAAAGAGAUCCUCAGCAGCGACAGUUUCGGAAGAAAGUUAAGGCUUCUCCCUUGCCCCUACUUCUUCUGUACUCGUGGUUGCCCAAACUCAAAACAUGGCAAUCAGUCACAGCACUUUGGCAUUUGCCUUUGGCAUGCUAGGUAACGUCAUUUCGUUCUUGGUAUUCUUGGCUCCAAUACCAACAUUUUACCGAAUAUACAAGAAGAAAUCGACCCAAGAAUUUCAGUCACUGCCUUACCUGGUGGCACUGUUCAGUUCCAUGCUUUGGUUGUACUAUGCUUUACUCAAAAAAGACGCUUUUCUUCUCUUGACCAUUAACUCAUUUGGGUGUGUCAUAGAAACCAUCUACAUCAUCUUGUACAUCAUCUAUGCGUCCAGGGAUGCUAGGAACUUAACUUCAAAGUUAUUUUUCGCAAUGAAUGUGGGCUCCUUCGCUCUGAUCCUCCUAGUUACACAUUUUGCUGUGCAUGGUGCCCUUCGUGUCCAAGUCCUUGGAUGGAUAUGUGUUUCCCUUUCUAUUAGUGUGUUUGCAGCACCAUUAAGCAUUGUGGCACAAGUUGUUAGGACAAAGAGUGUGGAGUUUAUGCCUUUCAAUUUAUCAUUUACCCUCACGUUGAGUGCCGUAAUGUGGUUUGGUUAUGGCCUCUUUCUCAAGGACAUAUGCAUUGCUCUUCCAAAUGUGCUUGGUUUUGCACUGGGGUUAAUUCAAAUGCUGCUCUAUGGCAUUUACCGGAAUGGCGAUAAGAAAGUUGAUAAAAUGGAAAAGAAGGUACCCUUAGAGCCACUAAAAAGUGUUGUUAUAGCCGUGGAGGAAAAGCAGGGCAAAGAAAAUAGUGAGGAGAAGGAGAAAAGCAAUGAGGCUAAUGAUUGCCCAGUCUAAACUAAAUGCAUGCAAGUAUGUUAUAAUAUUGCGUCGUGGGUAUCCAUGGCCAUGACCCACCACUAUCUACUUUUAAUCUCUUCCAUUAAGUUGUAGCUACCUAGCUAAAUGUACUAGUUAUUGUAUCUUUCAAUUUAAUCUAACCAUUGAAUUUCGCAUUAUAAAUCUAUUUCUCCAUCA